CGCGCUCUUGGACCCUUUCGUACUGAUUCCCGUGAAAAACAAUGGCCGUUUACAUGGAUAAUUAUCAUGAGCCUGACGUUCCAAGUCUGUAAAGAUCCUGCUUGCUGGGCGGGCGAAAGUCGUCCACCGCGUAUAAAUAAUACUGAGACUGCAUCCGUUUGGAUUCAGUGCACCUGCAUCAUCGACACGGAGACUAGGGAAACCAUGGGACAACUGGAGCAGAUUAUCAUCGCGUUACUAUGCUUCUCCAUGGUCCUGACCUGCUCCGCAACGCGCAAAGAGGACCUCGAGAGGGCAGCGGAACUCGCGGUGGAGAGAGCAGCGGAGAGAGCAGCGGAGAGAGCCGUGGAAAGGGCAAUAGAGGGUGGAAAUACCACGACCGAGUCGAAGACAGUUCGGGAAUCUUACACCAACGUGAGAAAGGUACCCCACCGCGAGGAUUCCGCCUAUGACGGUAGUGCUGCCUCGAUGGAAGACAAAGAUGAGCCGGAUGACGACAGCGAGGACUGGACCACGUCCUCUGGAAGAUUCAGACUAAGGUCGUUCAAAGGAUGGCCGGGUAGGACCGGAAACGAAGGUUGGAAAAGGCUACCGAGGAGUGACUCACGCGCAGGAUCUAGCCCAUCGCGGAAAUCGGAUGUUCUGACGAUCGAGAAAAAGAUUCCGGUUCCUGUAACCAUCGAGAAAAAGAUACCAUACCCUGUAUACAAUCCUAUACCAUACGAAGUCAAAGUGCCGGUACCGCAACCGUACACGAUCCAGACGAAGGUACCUUACCCGGUCAAAGUGUUCGUGAACGUACCGGUCGAGGUGCCGCAGCCGUACACCGUGGAGAAGAAGGUACCAUACGAGGUGAAGGUAGAUCGGCCGGUACCGUACAGAGUGGAGGUGUCCGUGCCGCAGCCGUACACCGUCGAGAAGAAGAUACCGAUCGAGGUGAAAGUGCCGGUACCGCAGCCGUACACGGUCGAUAAGGCAGUGCCCUACGCGGUGAAUGUACCGGUUAAGGUACCCGAACCGUUCGAAGUGGAGAAGAAAGUGCCUGUACCGGUAAAGGUCUUGGUGGAACGACCUUACCCAGUGCCGGUACCCAAACCCUAUCCCGUCGAGGUAGUCAAACCGUACCCGGUGCCUGUGGACAAGCCUUACCCAGUCGAGGUUAAGGUACCGGUGGACGCGCCGUUCGUGGUGCCAGUGGAAAGGCCAGUACCGGUGCCGGUAAAGGUGCCAGCACCGGAACCGUACACGGUGGAGAAGCCAGUCAAAGUGGAGGUACAGAAACCAUAUCCUGUACCGAUCAAAGUGCCCGUGAACAGGCCCUACGAGGUCUACGUGACGAAGCCUGUACCGGUACCCGUAGAGAAACCGUUCCCAUAUUGGGUACAGGUGCCGGUACCGGUGAACCCAGACUGGAACGGAGAUGGAUCUCAUGCGUGGAGGGACAGAUUAGACCGGAGUAAAAGCGAAGAGCUUCCUCUUACAGAAGACAAUGGCCGAGGUAAAACGUCCGAUGGAUCUCGUAGAAAAUCGGGUCACGAAUCGCGUAGAACGAAUUCGUGA